CUCGUUUUCUUUUCUCUCUUCUGUUGGGAUUAAGUUUCCAGAAAUUUUCAUGGGUCCCCAGCCAGUUGUCCCAACCUCUUUUAUUUCCUUCAUCUCACACACCUCCUACAUCUCCCUCCAUGCGAUAAACCACAAAAGCCAAAACAAUGCAGAAGCUACGUUCGGAAUUUCCAAACAUAGCAAAACCAGGAACACGAUCGGUUUCUCUAUGAGAUGAGAGAUAUCAUAUGCAUGCGGUCAUGAAAAUCACGCUCACAAAAACAUUCAUCCUAAGGUGCUUCCUCGUCUCCCUCUUCCUCUCUCUCCCAUUCAUCUUCCUCUACCUAUUAUUCCCACAACAACAACCCUUUCAUAAUCCUGUAACAAACAAAGACCUCAGAAUCCGACCCGGUUACUCCUCCUACGAAACCUACAUACAGCGCCAGCUUAACAAGACCCUCAACCCCAGGCUCCGAAAAAUAUGGACAACCCGCGACUGGGACCGCAAGAUUCCCGUCUUUGCGCGGUUCUUCGAGGAGCUUAAGGAGAGAAAGCUUCUCCAAAACACGUCGAAGGCGUUGUGCAUCGGUGCGCGAGUGGGGCAAGAGGUGGAAGCGUUGCGGCGAAUCGGAGUGCUUGACUCGUUGGGAAUGGAUUUGGUUCCUUACCCACCUCUUGUUGUGAAGGGUGACUUUCACAACCAACCCUUCAACAACGACACCUUUGAUUUCGAGUUCUCCAACGUGUUCGACCACGCGCUGUACCCGGAGCGGUUCGUGGCGGAGAUCGAACGCACUUUGAAGCCGGAGGGGGUGUGCGUUCUCCACGUGGCGUUGUCCAGGCGCGCCGAUAAGUACUCCGCUAACGACCUCUACAGCAUCCAGCCCCUCGUCGAACUCUUCAACCACUCCGCUUUGGUUCACGUUCGCAGCGUCGAUGGCUUUGGGUUAGACACCGAGGUUGCCUUUCGCAAAAACGGGGGAACUCGUCACCACCGUCUCUGAUUGGUUUUCUACCUCUUUUUUUUUUUUUUGGUUUUCUGUGCUAGGGUGGCCAUUCUUUCCUUUUUUGAUACAUUUGAUUUUCUUUUUCAUCUUUAGUGGAGUGGAUUGGUUGAGUGGUGAUAAUCAAGGUGUAGUUUUGCCAUUUAGCUUAUAGCACUGUGCAAUUGCUUUGGUGACGGUGGGGUAUAAAGCACUUCGUAAUAUGUAAUAUUAGUUAUGAUGGAGAAGAAUUUAUUAACUCAAA